AUGUACCAACAGGCAUGUGCUGAGUAUGCUCGUUCACUGGAAACUGCCAAAGUAAAUUACUAUACGACCAAAGUACAGGGGUGUAAUAAAAAACAGUCGUUUAACUUUGUCGAUGAAAUGCUGAAUGUGAAAACUACUCCAAUUCUACCAAAACAUGAAUCCACCGAGGAUCUAGUUGAACAGUUCAGUGCACAUUUUGAAUCAAGAAUUCUUAUCUUAAGACGGGAACUAUCUGAAUUACGUUCAAAUGUAACUGUUGAUCGGGCCGAGAAAUGUCGCAGUUCUCUAACACAUUUUGAGCGAGUUUCAAUGAGUACAGUGCAGGAUAUCAUCAUGGUGUCAAAACCUAAAUCUUGCCAAUUAGACCCAAUUCCAACAUGGCUGCUCAAAAGUUGUAUUGAUGUCCUUUUAUGUAAUGUGAUUUAUGUAUUAUAA